AUGCCCCUUGCACCUGCUACACCGCUCGGAGUCUUGGCUAACCAGUUGCGUCAAAAAACUGGGGCGCUAUUCAGGUGCUGCAAAGAAUACACCACUUACUUGCAAGAACUAGAUAGAGAUGCCAAAGCACUUCAGGAGAAAACUGCGAAAGGGGAGACUACAACUCAAGCCGCGAAUGUCCUGAAGGAAACUGAAGGUAUGCUUCCUAUCGUUCGUAAGAACGCUCUCAAAAUGGCAGAUGGAUUCCUUGAUUUCUGGGAAGAAAACAGACCCAAAAUUGAGAGGAUCUUAAAUGAGACGCCUCCCGAAGACAAGGAACGUCAUAAAUUCAUCCAAGAAUGUGGGCAGGCAAGCCGCCUGUUAAACAAACUGCUGGCAUCGGAAGACGGCAAAAACAGUGCUCUUGAACCAGCGGUUUUGGCCAUGAUUCGAGCCAUCCAAAUCGACGUUGAGCUGUUCUCUCAAGGCAAACAACUUAAGGCGUAA